CUCUUUAGAUCGGCAUACUGCGUCGGGUUUUGUUUGUUGUGACGCGCGACAAGUGGCAGGAUAACGGAUAGGGAUAUCCACUAUAUAAAUAUACACAAGUAGAAAUCGGUGUCUGUGCUGUGCAGUGUGUAGUGUGUAGUGCAUUAUUUCUUAUAAUUCAACUUUUAGCCAGCUAAAGACAGCAGCAGUGCGGAUUGACAAACUUUGAAAUUGUUGUCCUGCAAGAUGCGCUUGCAACGUUUGCCAUUGCUGUUGGCGCUGUUCGCAGUUGGAGCAGCUGUCGGCGCAGCCACAACGAAGCCAAAAACCGAAUCCAAGCCCAAACAUGAGCCGGCAAUCAGCCAAUCCACCAAGAAGACCACGCCCACAACCGUUGCCAGCAGCAAACCAACGACAACGAAAACAACAGCAACAGGAACAACAACAACAACCCGUCAGUCGAAGGCUCUGAAGUCGGUGGUCGGCGAGAAUCGCGGCAAGCGCACCCUGUACAACUUUGGCAAUGCGGGUUAUCUCUAUCCGGAGGUGGCCAGUCGGCGUGCUGGCUACGUGGACAACUACUAUCCCCAGUCGGGCUACUACAAUGGACAGCAGGCAAUAGCGCAAUAUCCGAGCAGUUAUGGCGGCGCCUAUGCGCCAUAUCCGCAGUAUCUGGAGGCACCGGAGCCCAUCAUUGAGAUCAUCAUCAAGGAUGCGAAUGAGACGCUGGCCGAGGAGCCACCGCAGCCCCUCGUGACGAAGAAGAAGCGCAAGAAGGAGAAAGUGCAUGUGUUCUAUGUGAACUACAAGAAGGAUCAGAACAACAAGCUGCAUCUGGAGUCACCCAUUGCCUCGCUGAACAACGAUGACAACGACGAGCCCGAGGAGGAGGAAGAGGAGGAGAUCAUACAAUACCCGGUUACACCACUGCCACCACUCAAGGCAACCACGUUGCGCACCAUCAUCCAUCCCGACUCGGAGAAGUAUCACAGCAACAGUGGCAUCCAUGUCUCCUUCGGCGAGGAGAGCAAACAUCAAAGUGGCCACAUCCUGGAGGAGCACAAUGCGGAGAGCAUUCAGCGACAGGUGGUCGCAUUGCCCUUAACCAAUACACGCGCCGACUAUGGACGCGAGAGCAACUUUGCACGUGGCGGCUCCAGCUCCAAUCAACUCUUUGCCACCAGCAGCAGCAGCAACUAUCAGCAACACCAGCAGCACCAGCAACAGUUGCCCACCCAGCACAGCAGCAACUACUUUAGGCCACCCACUGCACCAAUCAAACAUCAGCAACAACAGCAGCAGCAGCAGCAGCAGACAUCGCAGCAACACUUCUAUCAGAAGCAGCAACAGUCGACAAGGCCCAGCAUAACACAGCAACAGUUGCCCGCAACAUCCUCGCAGACCAUAUUCAACAAGCUGGUGCAGCAAUCCCAAUUCUAUAUCAAUCACAAUCAGCAAUAUCAGCCACAACCACAGCCACAGCAGCAGCAGCCACAGCAACAGCAAUAUCAGAAGCCGCCACAUAAGCAUGUCCAGGUGCCAUUCUUCCCAACACCAGUUCCAACCCAGCAAAAAGCACACGAGUUGCCACCGCGUGCCACGCCAGCGCCAUAUCAGCCCAUUAAGUUCCGCCCAACGCCCGCACCGGCGGCACAGGUGAAGCCAUUGCAGUUGCCACUCAAGCUGGAAAAUGUCAACUAUCAGCAACAGCAACAGCAGCAAGCACAGCAGCAGCAAGCACAUCAGCAGCAAGCACAUCAGCAGCAACCAUAUCAAUUUGUCAGACAGCCGCAGUUUGUGCAACAGCCGCAGUUUAUUGUGCACUCACCCACAGCAGCACCCGACUACUAUCAGCAACAUACGCAACACCAGCAACAGCAGACACACCAACAACAGCAACAGGAGCACAAAUAUUCCUCGCACGCUCUCAACUAUUUUGAUAUUAAGCCGUCCAAGGAAACGGAGCUGCUCAAGUCGAUACCCAAAUUCGAGCAGCACAUUACGGAAACGCUGCACAAUCCACUGAGUCAGCAACUGGCACAUCAGUCAUUUGGCUACAGCGGCAAUCGCAAUGAGGUGAUUCAUGAUAUACCCGCACCCAAUCUGGCACCACAGGCCGCCACUGCUGCCCAGCCAGUUGCUGGCCAUUAUAUCACAGCCAGCUCCACGCAGCAUGCCCAGCAACAGCAGCAGCAACAGCAGCAGCAGCAACAGCAGCAACAGCAGCAUCAUCACCAGCAGCAUUACAGCAACUUUGUUAGUGCAACAUCUUCACCGGUUUAUGCCGAGUCCACACAUGGCCAGAAGGUUAUGGUGGUGACACCUGUUCCGCCCACCAGCAGCAGUUAUGCCAACUACAACCAGUAUUCACAGGCCAACAGCGAGCAGGUGAUUCAGGUGCAUCCACAGAGCAGCAGCUAUGCAGCCCAGCAACCCAGGCAAUCCCAGGCAGCAGCUGUUGACAACUCACCCUUCAGUGUGUCCACCUAUCACUCGGAUGUGUUCAAGGAGCUGCAGCAGCGACAACAACAAGAAAAGCAACAGCAGCAGCAACAGCAGCAGCAACAGCAGCAGCAAUCGUCCUAUGGAAAACCAAGCAAACCAGCAGUUGCAGCUGCUGCUGCUGCUCCGAGCACAUCGUCGGCAGCUCCAACUCCACCAACAGUGCCCAAUGGUAAGGCAUCGCAGACGCUGCUGCAGCUGCCCGACGAGGUGCCAGACGAUCUGCGCCAGCAACUCUUCUCCUCCGGCAUACUGAACAACGCGGACAUCUCGGUGCUGGACUAUGACAAGCAAGGUGACAUUGCGCUCGAGAAUCUGCCGGCGGAGCAUCUGCAGCAUUUCUAUGGCAAUGGCGGCGGUGCCCAGCUGGCCGAGACAAACAAGGUGCUGACCGUGGUCAAGCCCAAUGGCGACAAGGUGUCGCUCAGCGAGAAGCAAAUCGAACGCGUCAAGCAGAGCAACUCGCUGCCCCAGAAACAGAAUCUGGAUGUGAAGGUGGUCCGCUACGAAGCCGAUCAGGGCCAGAGUGUCAGUGAGAAAUAUGUGCGCACGGAUGCCACUGUGGUGCGACCGGUGGAACUGGCUGGCGAACGUCAGCAAUACAAUCGCUAUUUGCCGCUAAAGAUCAACGGAGCACAGUUUCCCAUACCCGAGAGCGAGGAGUUGCUGGGCAAGAAGAUUGUGAGCGUUGUUGUGCUGGCUCCAGUUGAGGCGCACGCGAAUGAGGCACGCAGCAGCAGUGUGGAUAGCAAAGAGGUCAAGUUUUUGGGUGGUGAUCUGGUCAAGACGCUGGUCAAGAAACCGACCAAGGACAACUUCAAACGCUGGCUGGAAAAGGAAUCGCGCACAGACCUCGAACUGCAGUCGGUGGUGCUGCUGGUGGCCAAAUCGAGCGAGUCGGCGGAGCAGGAGAUCUUCAUGUAUGACAUUGCGACGGGCAGCGUGAAUAAGCUGAAUGGCGAACUCUCGAGCACGUUCGUCAAUGUGGCCGAGGAGAAUGCCAGCAGCGAGGACUUGGAGCAUGCGGCCACACUGGACCCCAGCUCGCUGGAGACCAUGAUGCAUUUGCGUCGCAGAUAAAGAAUAAAUCAAUCGAAUAUCGCCUCGAACAUCGCCGCAAAUCGCACACACAACAUGCCAUUUAGAUACUCGACUCGACCUAGAAAUGUGCCCAUGAUAAAUAGAUAUCCUCGAUGCACUUCUAUUUGA